AUGGGAUUUCAGGCUUCAACCUCUGAUUCCAGUUUAUUUGUCAAACAGUGUGAGAGUGAUAUUGUCAUAUUACUUCUCUAUGUAGAUGACAUUAUUAUCACUGGUUCUAAUUCUAGUAAAGUUCAAAAGGUUAUCACAGAGUUGUCUGAGGUAUUUGAGCUCAAAGAUAUGGGCAAGUUAACAUAUUUUCUUGGUCUGCAAGUCAAUUACAAGCAGAAUGGGGAUAUUUGUGUCAAUCAGUACAAGUAUAUUAAAGAUCUUCUUCACAAAGCUAGUAUGAACUCAUGUAGACCAGUAUCAACACCAUGUAAGCCUCAUAAUCCUUUGCUUGUUACUGAAGGAAAUGCAUUGCCAGAUCCAAGUUCAUAUAGGAGCAUUGUUAGAUCAUUGCAAUAA